AAUAUGUGGCAGAGUUGCACUUGUUGAAGGCGAAAUUCUUCGAAAUUUUGAUCUUUUUUCACAACUUGGAGCUCAAUUUCAGUUAUAAUUGAUGUCCUUAAACAUUUUAGGGGUAAGGUCAAGUUUCAACGAGAGACUAAAUAGAAAAUGGGAUUUUAGAGACGUUAAUCGUUGCAAGCAAAGAUCUGAAAUUGCAUCAUGCUGCCUGCCCAAAUUUUAUCCCAGAACAACCCAUCUGUGUUGUGCUUGAAGAUGCUGCUGGAGUUCAAGAUCAUGUUACGACACCUUGGAAACAGCAAAAACUUGAAGAAGAAAAGUCGCUGGAAAGUAGUUGAGAUUGUACACAAUCUGCUGGUCAAACUCUUGCAGCUGAGGGAGAAUGGAACACUCAAGGAGUGGCUUUUAAGCAUAAAAGAAGUAUUGCACUCACUAUCAGUACAUUUCCUGAAAAUGAUUAUUGUUGCUACAAGGAGAUAUGAAUAUUUAGAGAAAAUAGAAAAGGAGAGUAAUAACAUCUUGAAAUUGCUGUAUGACCUACUUGGUUUGAGUGAAGAGUCUCUAGUCCUGGUUAUUGUCAAAGCAUCGAAUGCCUUGGGAGGGGAGAGGAAUUCUUAUGGGUGCCAGUUUCAGCUGUUUUCGUUGUUGGCCAGCAAGGUGUUUUCUCUCUAUUUGACGGAGGAGGACUUCCAGGAAGAGAGUGCCCUUGUAGUUUGGAGUGUUGCACUUGCACGCUUAUGGCUUAUGACAUGUGAUCCUGCUGAUACAACGAAGGUGCAGAAAAAGAUAUUUGACAUCUUACCACUAAAUGUGAAAGUUGCAGGGAAACGCAAGAUGUCAACAAAAGGACUACUGAAUUUACCCAUUACACAGUUAGUAAAGGAAUUGGGACUCACAGCUUCAAAGGCACUCAAGGAAAUGGACUUGUUACUCAUUCAGGAAGAGGGAUCUCAUGCAUAUGUACAACUUAUGGAGAUGGCUAACAAGGUAGACAGUGCUCUUGUUCAACUUCAGCUUAUCAUUGGGGGGACUCUCAAAGAAAAGAAAGAGACACUUCCAUCAAAUGAUUUAUUUUCUCUUUCUUCUGACUGGACCACUUCCACUCCUGACCGCCAAGAUGCAGCUACAAAACAGAAUAGUCCUGAAGUUGAUACCGGUGCUAGUUGCUCUCAGGAUUUCAUACCAAGUUCUCUGAAAAAUCAUGGAUCAGCUGAAGAGAGUUUCGAAAAUAAGCUGAAAAGGAAGAGAACAAACAGAGAAAGGCAUAUGAGUUCCAAUUCACAUGGCAAAAGGCUUUCCUCAGGCACAGGAGAAAACAUUGAUGAUGAAGAGAAGAGUUUAAAAGUCAGGAAAGUGAGUCCGAGCACCAAGUCCAAAGGUUUGUCAGAGAAUGCUGAAAUCAUGUGUGAAAACAUGGAGGCCUCUGGCAAAGGCCAAAGUCUUGAUGAAAACAGCAGGAAAGAUGGCGGUGUUACAGGCAGUGAUGGACUUCAUGUAAAGAGCAUACAAGGAUGUAAGGGAAAUUAUAAAGACAAACAAAAGAUCUGUAAAUCAGAUGCUGCUGGGGGUAUGCAGGCAUUAACUGGUGCUGCUUCUGUGUUACAACCCAAGACUGAUAAAUGGAAGAAGACAAGACUAGCCAGAACCAAAGUGGAAACACCACAAAAGUGCAAAACAGAGGAAAUAUUGGGUCUAGAAGAGGAUUUUUCUCUCAGACUAGAAAGUGAUACAGAGGAAUCAUCUGUCGAUGAGAACAGGAAAAAUACUGUAAAGCGAGCUCUCCUUGCUGAUACAAGCAAUCCUAGAGAUAGGAAUAAAAUUAUCAAAAAGUUGGCAAGUGAGUCUUUGCAGGCCGACCAACAACAGCCUGCAAACAACAAUGAUGACAAAUUAGACCUAACAUUCUCAGAGAUUUCUAAAGAGGAAGGUAAAUUUACCGCAAAGAAUGAGUCUCAGACCAAAGAUGAACCACAAGAUAGUCUUCAAGAGGUACCCACAACUAUUAAAAAUGGGCAAAAUUUAGCAAGGAAAGGAGAAGGUGAUAGUACAAGUUCAAGGGAGGAUUUUGAAGACACUGAUGGUUUGGGUAAAAAAAAGCCUCAGAAGAAAGGAUCAAAAUCAUUUGGAGGAGAAAAUGAUACAGUGCAAAAUUACAAUGGACUUAUAAGAGGUGUUGAUAUAUUAGACAACAGUGUGAAGCUGCCAGCUGGAUGGAAGAGAUAUUUAUGUGCGCGCAUUGUGCAGGUAAAGAAAGAACCAAAAAUACGUGUAGAUGUGAAGGUGUUGUCACCGGAUGGGAAAUCUCACAAUUGCAAGAAAUCUGUCUUGGAAUACCGAGAGAAGCAUGAUCCCAAAAGUGUCUUGAGUACUGAUGAAAUUCAGUCUUGGUAUAAAAUAGAACCUCAAUUAAAGGAGAGAGUUUUGGAGAAGAAUGAACACCUGGUGAAGUACUGCAAACUUAGAAAACACCCUGACUUUCAGGAACGAACUUUGAGGAGCUAUACUCCGCUGAAAGUGAAUAUCGAGUCAAAGAGGUUAAGGAGUCAAAAGAGGGCCAAAAAGGAAAGUGAUAAAGAUGAAAUUGACUUUGUCAGAAGAAGCACAAAUCAGGAAAAACACAAUUUAGAAAAUAACAUAGAGGCUAAGGAGUCACAUGCAUUGAAGGAGAACCAGAAAGCAGGACCAAGGAACACAUCCACAAAGUCCAAAGACAAGAACGGAUGUAACGGGUCACUAAAAGAAGUAGAGGAGGAGGGAGGUGCACUAGAUGGAAGCAAACCACUUGAUAUACAUGAUCCCUUUGAGUUUACCGAAGAAGAGGAUACUAUUAAAGAAUUUUGCCCAGUGAGUAAAACAUCAUAUGUUGAAAACUCAGUGGUAAAAAGGGAAAUGAAUGUCAACUUACAUGUAGUUAAUUUUCAAGAGAAUAUGGAAUUGAGUCGCAGAGAAAAUGUAUCAAACAUUUUAGAACAGGUUGAUUCAAGAUCCCUAAACAUAAAGAAUGAGAAGGAUGUCCUGGAGGAAGUUCAUGUCAAAAGAGAAAUGUUUGAUGAAAACAAUCAUUCCAGUAAUGCUCAAGCAGAACCUAGUGCCAUUAGUAUACUUCCCACAGAUAGCAAAGAUAGUAAUGAAGAGUAUUUAUCUAUUGGUGAAGAUCAGUCCCAAGAUAAUUCCAUUCUUUUCUGUCACCCUUGUUUUGAAGGUGGCAGUGUGAAACCAUCUGGUCCCGAAUCUAUAAGUAGUCAAGGACCUGAACCAACCAGCAGUUCAGAUGACUUGUUAGAUAAAUCCCAAGUACUGUUUAUCCUUCCUGAGCUAUACAAAACAAAGGUAAAACCAGGUGAUAUCAUAUGUACUAAAGUUAAAAAAGAAAUGGCACAAACAAACUCAGUGUCUAGUGCUAGGACUGAGGAAGGAGCAGCUGAAGGGUUAACAUUUGACAUUAUGAAUAACUGCAACAAUAUAUCUGGCACUCCAUUAAUUCAAAAUGAAAAAUUGGUGAAGAAUGACAGCAUCGAAAUACUGAAAGAGACAAGCCAUACAGGUGGCACCUCUAAAGAACUGAUAAGUGGGAUCAUUUGCCAGGACCAGGAUGAUCAGCAAAUUAAUCAUGAAGUGAAAGAAAGUGGUGUAGAUUUUAAACACUUGAAGGCAUCACAGCAAGAUGAUAUUAUCUUUGUAAAGUCACAGAAAAAGAAGAUGCAUUCCACUCCUGCAGAAAUUGUACAAGAAUUUCACUCUCCAGGUCUAAGCACUAUCAAAGGCAGUAGUUGCAAAAGAAACUUACAAGGAGUGGUAAGUGCACUAAAUGUUUCAAGCCAUCAUCCAGAUGCUCAACCUUUAACUAAAGAUAUUCAGCAAGUCCCAGUUUUGAAAGAAGUAACAUCGGAUGAGAGGAAGGCUCUGAUUACCAUACCACCAGUUGUAACAGGAAAGGAUAUACUGCUAGAACUUAAGUGGUACAAGAUUGUACCCAGCGAAGUAGGCCGUUCCUUUCUGUUAGAAUCCUCCAUUGUUACGCUAUCCCAUCAGGAAAUUCUACCUCCUACAAUAUUGGAGAAGGAGCUCUUGGCUGCUAGGGAAAUACAACUUGCUAGAUCAAGUCAGGCUGAAGGAAAAUCCAGUGAUACAUUUAAUGACUGUAAAAGAAAGAGCUGUAACAGACAACUGUUAGAAGAGUUCACUAAAAAUAAAGAUAUCUCAGAGGAAACAAGAGGGAGACCUUUUGGUGAUAAUAAACCAGUGGAGCAAAGUAAUACAGGCAAGAUGGAUGACCAGGUGAGAGAGAAAGAAUUUUCCUUACAAGUUUUUCGAGAGGGUAACAGCAUGGAGCAGAGUGAAUAUGGAACACCAAUGCUAAAUUCAUUGGUUCAGUUUUUAGACGAUAGUCAGAAUUCAGAUAAGAGACUACAGACUCCAAAUCAAGGUACCAUGUUAACAUCCUGUUCUUCCAAAACAGCAAUAAACAACAGUACAGUAUGGAGUACUGAUAGUACAAGUCAGUUGUAUAAUUCCCAUACAUACAGUAAUGAGAAUCAGUUAGCUCACAGUUCCCUUUCAUCUGAUCAUGAAGAUCUUGCCAUUAUAGAGACAGAUUCAAAAAACAGCACAAAGUAUUUAAGUUGUGCAGGUCGUUUAAUGGUGCCCGGAAAGAACCUGAAGAAAUGCUUAUAUUCGUGUCUUGGGUCACACCUAGCACAGCUACAGGAAAAAGCGAGAAUGCCCUUCGAAGUGACAUCAAAACCUUCCCCUUGUCGUUUUUGUAGUCAGCACCAGAGGAAUGAGACAUGGCACUCAGAUGGUCUGUUUGAUCCAUCACUGUUGGAUCUGUCUUGUCCCAUCUGUCAGCUUACCUUAGAAGACAUUAGGCCGUGUACAUUUCAUGCUGAGUUGAUUCAGCUUAGUGAAGGCGAAACAGAGGGAGAUGUGCCUUCCCCACUUGAGAAUAUGACAGAAACUGUCAGGAUGAUAUACUGGGAAUAUGUGGGGAUACUGCUAUCCCUUUUCCCAGGAAAGGAAUCUCUUCCCCUCCCAAUGUCUUGGAAUUAUAUGUCUGCUUGCUCUGUUCAUGCUGUCAUAAACCCCAAGGAUUUAGUGGGCACGGUGUCAUCGCAGUAUGUAGCGACAGAUUCAAAGUCUGGACAAGGCCAUGCAUCUACAUCAAGCCAAGAAAUAUCUCAAGAUGAUUGUCAGAAUACAGGUUUAUCAAUCUCUCCCCAUGAUAAAUGUCAAGAAUCUGGUCAGACUGCUAAAGAGUCUCAGCAAUUGAAGAAAGCGCACAGGAAAGUGCCAAAAGUAAAGGGGAGUGCACUCUUGCCAAAUUCUGUCCCUGACCUGCAUAAAAAAAAAUCCACAUACUUUAAAAAUUCAUCAAGGAAUGAGAAAGAUCCAAGCGUAGAUAAACUUUCAAGGAAUAAGAGAUCCUUACAAUCUGAUAAAGGUAAUCAUAAAUUGUUGUCGUUUCUCAAGGAAAAGGAGCAACCCAUGCUUGAUAAACAGAACAGGAGGGAGACUGCUCUGCAACCUUCUGAUAAGAAUGGAAAUUCGGUUACUAAACAUUCUGUUUCAAAAACUAAGGGCGGGAAACCUAGACCCACACCUAAACCAUGGAAAUUUAGUAGCUUGUUUUCAAAGAAGUUUCUCAAAGCUAAACCUCAAAGUGACAAAGACAAACCAAAAAAAGGCAAGAAGACCAAAAAAUGUGCAAGAGAGAAGAAAAUUAACAAAAAAUUAGCAAAAAAAAAUGUUGCUUCUUCAAGGUUCAUUGUAUCUCCCAAUGUUUAUUCAUCAGGUAAUCAGACAAAAGGCAAAAGUCACAAAAAUGCCCAGUUAACCCAGGAUUAUUUUGACAAAAGUAUUCAGGGACAAAAGAAAAAGGGAGAUAGCCAUAUAACAACUAUUGCUCCUCUACAGAAAGAAGCAAUGGAUGUGCAAACUCCUGUAAUUAAAAACAAAAAGAGUAAAGUGAGAAGUGAGAGUGAUGUCUCCAUUAGUAUUGAAGGGGCAGAGUUUGAUGCCCUAGAAAGGUUCAAGAAACGUCAGAAGCGUGCCAUGGACAGGAGUAGGCAAAAAUCUUGUGUAAAGACUUAAGUAAUAAACUUCGGUAAUGACUUGACUGCAAUCAAACAUUUUCUUUCUUUUCUGCCUCAUGCCUCCUCAUUUUUUUACCUUGACAAAUUAUUACUUUUUCUUUUUACAUAGCUUUUUCUGUUCAUGUUAUAUUUUUCCCUGGUUUUCUUGAAUUUUGUUGUUAUUCAUUACAUAUUUAUGUAUUUGUAAAUACAUAGAAAGUAUGUAUAAUCUGUUAAAAUAUGUGAACAAGAAGUACUUUAGUUUACUUCAUUAGACGCUGCCAUGCAUUGUUACUGUACACCAA